AGGAGAGAUGAAUGGAUAGACAGAAAGACAAGGAAACCGAAAAUGAGAGAGCAAGAAAUGGCUGAGACACAACUGAUCGGCAAAAUUGCCAAAAUCUUCGACGAGGCCAAAAACUCCAACGCCACCCAUCACCGCAAGCUGAAAGAGCUCUCAGCCGUCCGAUCAAAAUCCCCCUCCCUUCAUCAAUUCUCUGCCGCCUUCGCCAGAACCUUAAACCCUCUCUUUCAAAUCCAAAAGCGAACGGCCUCCGUGGAACGCGUCGUACGCUUCGUUUCAGCCUUUGCCAGCGCCCGAGACCCCAAUGACGCUGUCGCUAGCGAUGAGUUCUUGGAGGGCUUUUUAAAGUUUCUCUUGGUUGGCGCUGCGGCCGCUAAUAAAACCGCCCGAUUCAGGGCUUGCCAGAUUAUUUCCGAGAUCAUACUGCGGCUGCCUGAUGACUCAGAAGUGAGCAAUGAACUAUGGGAUGAGGUGAUAGAGUUAAUGAAAUCUCGGGCGGUGGACAAGGUUCCUCUGAUCCGCACACUUGCUGUUAGGGCGCUUUCACGAUUUGCGAAUGAUGCUGAAAACAGCGAUAUUCUUGAUUUAUUUCUCGAGGUCCUUCCAUUGGAACAGAAUCCGGAGGUUCGUAAGACCAUUGUGUUAUCCUUGCCUGCUUCCAAUACAACUUCCCAAUUAAUCAUAGAUUGUACAAUGGAUGUCAGUGAGUCAGUACGCAAAGCAGCAUACUGUGUUAUAGCUAACAAAUUUCCUCUUCAUAGCCUCAGCAUCAAGCAAAGGACAAUAAUUCUUCAGAGAGGACUUGCUGAUCGUUCUUUGGCUGUUUCGAAGGAGUGUUUGAAGUUAAUGACAGAUCAGUGGCUUGCUAAGUGCUGCAAUGGAGAUCCUGUAGAACUUCUCAAGUAUCUUGAUGUUGAAACCUAUGAAUCAGUUGGGGAGUCUGUAAUGGAGUCUCUUCUUAGAGCUGGCUUAGUAAACCUGGAUGAUGGGCAAAGUAUGCGGCAAUAUGUAUUACCAGCAUCAACCAAUGAAAGAAUUGAAGGAGAUUUAGCAGAUUUUUCUGCAAGCAUCCAACUAAUGGAACCUGAGGUCUCUCUUUAUUGGAGGACAGUAUGCAAACAUUUGCAGAUGGAAGCACAAGCUAAAGGUUCUGAUGCUGCUGCUACAACAGGAACUGAAGCAGCUGUAUAUGCUGCAGAAGCUUCAGACAACAACGAUCUCUUAGAUAAAAGUCUUCCUGAAACUGUCUUUGAUUACAUAGAUUUGGUCAAGGCUCAUAUUGAUGCUGGGGCAAAUUAUCACUUUGCAUCUCGACAGCUACUAUUGCUCGGCGAAAUGCUUGAUUUUUCAGAUGCUACAAUCAGGAAGGUUGCUAGCUCCUUUGUGCAGGACUUACUGCAUAGGCCUCUUGAACAUGAAGUGGAUGAUGAAGGCAACAAAGUUGUGAUUGGAGAUGGCAUAAAUCUUGGUGGCGGCCGAGAUUGGGCUAUUGCAGUGGCGAGGUUGGCAAGGAGGGUUCACUCUGCCACUGGUGAAUUUGAAGAAGUUAUUCUUGGGGUUGUAGAAGAGCUUGCACGUCCUUGCCGGGAGAGAACUGCUGACUUUAUGCAAUGGAUGCACAGCCUUGCUGUUACUGGUCUUCUCUUGGAAAAUGCAAAAUCAUUUCAUUUUGAACUGCUUCAUUCUUUGUUGCUUCCUGGGGCAAAACAUGUUCACUUGGAUGUGCAGAGGAUAGCUGUCCGGUGCCUAGGUUUGUUUGGGUUGUUAGAGUAUAAACCAAGUGAAGAACUACUAAAGCAGUUGAGGAUCUCCUAUGUUAAGGGCCCUUCUCCAAUUAGCACAGUUGCUUGUAAGGCAUUAUUUGAUCUUGGGAUGUGGCAUGGUCCUCAGGAAGUUGAUAGGGCCAUGGGACUUAACUUUUCUACACAGCUCCAAGAAGAUAACAUGCCUGCUAGUCCUGUAAACUUUUCUGACACAGAUGGAGAUUUGAAUAUUCAAUUACUUGAUCUCUUAUAUGCUGGAUUUAUGACAAAUAAUUGGGGCACAGCUCAAGAAAAUGAUGAAAGUGAAUCAGUCCAAGCUGUUCUUGGAGAGGGAUUUGCAAAGAUCCUUCUUCUAAGUGAGAAGUAUCCAAGUAUACCAGCCUCUUUUCAUCCUUUGCUCUUAUCCAAGCUGAUUAUCUUGUAUUUCAGUGACAAAUCGAAGGACCUACAGAGAUUGAAACAGUGUUUAUCUGUUUUCUUCGAGCAUUACGCUUCCCUUUCAGCAAAUCACAAGAAGUGUUUGUCCAAGGCUUUCAUUCCAGUCAUUCGUUCUAUGUGGCCUGGUAUAAAUGACCAUUCUGGAGGUUCUUCUUACAUGGUGUCCAACAUGCGUAAGCGUGCAGUACAAGCUUCAAGAUUCAUGCUGCAGAUGAUGCAGACUCCCCUAUAUGUGAAAGAGACUGAAGUGGAGGAUGAUAAUGGUUGUAAGACAUCACAACAAGUCAUAGAUGGUUCUGAACAGCCUUCAGUAGAAUGUGGGGAAGAGGGACUUGCAAUACGCAUAGCCACAGAGGUGGUGAGGUUCCAAGCGAAGAAGACACCAGCGGAGAGGUCAUAUGUUGCAGCUCUAUGUAAAAUACUUGCCUCUCUCCAUUUCCGCUUAUCAGAACAAGGGCCAGUAAAGAUAAUGCGGAGGCUUUUGAGUCGUGCGUGUGAAUGUGUGCUGGGAGAGAAAGAUGUUGUAAAGGAGUUGAAGCAGAUGGCUGAACGUCUUAAGGAACUAGAUAGACAUCCUGAUCAGGAUUUGUCUGAAGACGAAGCUAAGUUGAUUUUUGGAAGGUUAGACCUUGAAUUCGACUUAGAUAUGGAUGGUUCCACUUCAGUUCCACAAAGCCCAGCCCCACGCUCAACUCGGCCAAUUCGUGUAAGGAGACGGGUGAGACGUGAAGAAGUUAGUUCUGAUGAAGAAAAAUCACCUGCCUCUUUCCAAUCUGUGGUUCCCACCGUUCCUGGCACUAUAGGCACUCGCUCACAAAGGGCAAGCAAGACUGCAGCACUGGCCAAGAUGACUGCGAGUAAAGCUGCAAGGACAGAAGAAGAUGGUGAUGAAAAUGAAGACUCAGAUGUCACAUCUGAGGAUUCUCAAGAAUCAGAUGAGCUCACUGACUGAAACCAGAGCCGGUUCGGGUUGGGGCAUGCAACUCGUGGAAUUAGCAUACAAGUGCAUUUGCUCCUCUGAUGCCUCUCAUGCAAGUUCAUGAGCUAUGUUUACUUCCAGGUAUUUCUGUUUCUUCAGGUUCUAUUGGCUAUAUGUUCUUGGCAUUAAGCCUUGCUGGUUUAGCGGGAGAAGAGCUACAUGUUAUUGGUUUCUUGGGUUAAGCCUUGGGUGGUUUUUCCUCAAAUGUCCAUUAAGCCCAAAAGUAUUUUAGUUUCGAAAUGUCCAUAUUACCCCCCCUACGUUCAUGAAAUUAACACCACUCAAAUAUGAAUCUCAUUGCUAAAACUUUCCAUAAA